ACAUUAUAAUACAAUUACAAAGCACGCGCAUGUUGAAGAUUAUUGUACAUGUACAACCUCGGCAUCAUCAAGUCCGGCACCGGCCCUGAACUCGUGGGGACCCUUGAUUUUAACCUGUCAUCACUUUCAUGUCUAAUUGGUUACUUUUCCCAUAACAACGGGUCCGUGAAAAUCGCUCACCGAGAUGAUCUUAUCAGAUUCGACGUCAUCUGAUCUGAUCUAAUGCAGGCAAUACCCAUCAGUUCUUCCAAGACCGAGGUCUAAGUAUUUCGCCUCCACCGUCUUCUUUCACACUAAAUAAGAAUGUACCCUUCCCGGAAUUGAAACACAGCCUUGUCAGGGUACAUCCUACGACUGUUACACGCGAUGAAUCUAACGUGGCCCGGGAUGUAUCGUGAGGAGCAGCAUAUUCCGGGGUAUGGUAUCGCUGGCGUUGUUGAGCAUAUUGGAGGGAAGUCGAGGUUUAAGCCUGGAGAUGAAGUUUAUGCCAUGGUGAGCUCUACACUUGAAGCAAGGGCACAGUAUUCCGUUCCUCUUGAAGAUGAAGUUGCGCUUGAGUCGAAGAAGUUAUCGUGGGCUGAGAGUGUGACUGUCCUUUUGAGCGAACACAACACCAGUACAAAGAUCCUCGUCACUGAAGCAUCAGGCGCCGUAGGAGUGUACAUAGUCCAGCUUACCUCUCUAACAAGCCUCCACGUCGUCGCAGCAUUAAUCGGUGGAAAGGUCCUCUUUAACGCAUGGGACCUCGUGACAUCCUCCCGGAACCCUCAUAUCCGUGUGCUCCAGCAAGCAUGUAAAAGCUUGCUCCUUAUUUUUGAACCCUCGCGGAAACAGCUUGAGAAGUUGGCCGUCUUGUUGGAUGAUAGAUGUGUCAAGGCGUUCUUGGCGGAGACGUUUGAGCUUGCGAAAGCGAAGGAGGCUUAUGGGAGGGCUAGUGGGAGGAUGGAGAAGAGGGGAAAGGUUUUUGUUACGUUGUAA